AAAACCAACAAAAAAAAAACCCCAACAAAACUUGGCUGAUAACUCGGAUUUAAAAAGAAAGGCGAGGAAAAGCCCCAGCCCCUUGCCUGCGCGGUCGGGAGGACGGGAGGGCGGCCGGCGCGGCGGGCCGGGCGCGGGUGCCGGUGCCGGCGGCCGCGGGGCGCCUGGAUGCACGGGCUGUAGGGUGGAGGGCAUGGCCGACAAGCGGCGGUCCUCGCCAGGCACCACCAUGAGCCUCAAGGCUCACGCCUUCUCCGUGGAGGCUCUCAUCGGGGCCGAGAAGCAGCAGCAGCAGCAGCAGCCGCCGCAGCGGCAGCCCAAGCGGCGGAAGCUGGGCGGCGAGGACGAGGCUGCGGAGGACGAAGGCGGCAGCGGCUGCUGCGCCAAGAGCUCUCCCGCCGCUGCCACCGGCAGGACCUGCGGCGACAUGGACCUGGGCUGCGCCGCCCGCGCCCCCGCCGGCGGCUGCGAGGAGGGUUUCCUGGCGGCCUCCCCGCCCGCCUCCCCCGGCGGCUCCCCCAAGGGCUCCCGGCCCGGCUCGCCGCUGCCCACGCCGCAGGCGCCGCGGGUGGACCUGCAGGGCGCCGAGCUCUGGAAGCGCUUCCACGAGAUCGGCACCGAGAUGAUCAUCACCAAGGCGGGAAGGCGGAUGUUUCCUGCAAUGAGAGUGAAGAUCUCAGGUUUAGACCCACAUCAGCAGUAUUAUAUUGCUAUGGAUAUUGUGCCAGUGGAUAACAAAAGAUACAGGUAUGUUUAUCAUAGUUCCAAGUGGAUGGUGGCUGGCAAUGCUGACUCCCCGGUGCCGCCUCGUGUUUAUAUUCACCCUGAUUCUCCUGCCUCGGGGGAGACGUGGAUGAGACAAGUGAUAAGCUUUGACAAACUGAAGCUUACCAACAACGAGCUGGAUGAUCAAGGACAUAUUAUCCUUCACUCUAUGCAUAAAUACCAGCCUCGUGUGCACGUCAUCAGAAAAGACUGUGGUGAUGAUCUGUCCCCUGUCAAGCCCAUCCCUUCUGGAGAAGGGGUGAAAGCUUUCUCCUUUCCAGAGACAGUUUUCACUACUGUCACAGCUUACCAAAAUCAACAGAUAACUCGUCUGAAGAUUGAUAGGAAUCCAUUCGCCAAAGGCUUUAGAGAUUCGGGCCGUAACAGAAUGGGACUGGAAGCUCUAGUAGAGUCUUAUGCCUUCUGGAGACCUUCACUGAGGACACUUACAUUUGAAGACAUACCUGGGAUACCCAAACAAGGAAAUGCAGGUUCCUCUACUUUACUCCAGGGAUCUGGCAGUGGAGUGCCAUCUACCCACCCUCACCUUUUACCGGGUUCCCCUUGCUCAUCUCCAGCCUUCCACCUGAGUCCCAACACUAGCCAGCUGUGUACCCUUGCUCCAGCUGACUACACAGCUUGUGCCCGCUCAGGCUUGACCCUGAACAGAUACAGCACCUCCUUGGCUGAAACCUACAACCGGCUCACAAACCAGACCAGUGAGACCUUUGCACCCCCAAGGACUCCCUCCUAUGUCGGUGUGUCGAGUAGCACAACUGUGAAUAUGUCCAUGAGUGGCAAUGACGGGGAUGCAUUCAGCUGCCCGCAGACUGGCUUAUCCAUGCAGAUUUCAGGGAUGUCUCCACAGCUCCAGUACAUCAUGCCUUCCCCAUCCAGCAAUGCCUUCACCACUAAUCAAACUCACCAAGGCUCCUACAACACGUUUAGACUGCACAGUCCCUGUGCGCUUUAUGGAUAUAACUUUUCCACAUCCCCUAAACUGGCUGCCAGUCCUGAGAAAAUCGUUUCUUCCCAAGGAAGUUUCUUGGGGUCCUCGCCAAGUGGAACCAUGACGGAUCGGCAGAUGUUGCCCCCUGUGGAAGGAGUGCACUUACUUAGCAGUGGGGGGCAGCAGAAUUUCUUUGACUCUAGGACCCUAGGAAGCUUGACACUCUCGUCUUCUCAAGUGUCUGCACAUAUGGUUUGA